AGCAGAUCCAACGUUAGCUUGUAGUUGUGUGCCUCGGCAGGCUAGAUUAACUGGCUAACUGGCUUCAACUGCUGGAUUCAUUAUCUCCGUCACCCCACAUAUCAUUUGAGAGGAGUUCAUCUUCUGAUCAUGUCAGAUUUCUCGCUGUCAGAUGCCUUAGGCGACAGCUCUCCGAGCAAGGCAAAGAAAAUAGGAAACACAAACCCGACUGCUCCCGCCGGUAACCCUGCACAUCCGGCAAAUCCAGGGUGGCCGGCUGCAGCCCCAGGAGCUCCCACCCAGCCCAACGCUCCGGGUGGCUUUGCUGGUGGAUCAUCUGGCCCUGGGGCCCCAGGGCAAUUCCCAUAUACCUCGGGUCCUGGGGCACCAGGGCAAUACCCUGGACCUCCUUCAGCACCUGGCGGGUUCCCCCCUGGUCCUGGAAUACCUGGACAAUUCCCACCUGCACCAGGAGCUCCAGGGCAGUUUCCCUCCAGCCCUGGAGCCCCUGGGCAGAACCCCGGGCAGUUCCCCGGAGCCCCCGGGCAGUUCCCCGGAGCCCCUGGGCAGCAUCCAGGGCAGUUCCCUGGGCAGUUCCCUGGGCAGUACACUCCUGAAGGAGCUCCAGGACAACUACCUGGAGGCCCCGGUCCUUACCCAACUGGACCAUUUCCUUCUGGCCCCGGAGCUCCCCCUGGUCCUUAUCCAAAUGUGCCUUACCCAGGAAGUCAGCCAGGAGGAGGCAACGGGAUGUACGGACCUGGUGGUCCAGGUGCAUUCUCUCCUCCUGGCCCUGGUGCGUUCCCUGCAUACCCUGCUGCUGGAGGCUUCCCCCCAAUUCCCACUGGGUCAUGGGGACCACCUGCAGGGGGGGGCUUCCCUCCGGCCCCUGGAUCCUUUGGUCCAGGCCCUGGGCCUAUGGGUCCUGGGCCUAUGGGUCCAGGCCCUGGGCCUAUGGGUCCGUACGGUGGGCCGUCCGCUCCGGGAGGCAUGAUGAUGGUGCCGUAUGAUCUCCAACUUGAUGCUGGAAUUAUGCCACAACUUGUAAUCACGAUAGAGGGGGAGCUUGUUCCCGGUGCAGACAGAUUCCAAGUGGACUUCUUCAAAGGUCCAGAUGUCGUCUUUCACCUGAACCCUCGCGUUCAUGAGCAAACCGUCGUCAGGAACUCCAACCUCGGUGGCUGUUGGGGGCCGGAGGAGCGGGAAGGACAUUUCCCAUUUGUUCACGGACGCCGCUUUGAGCUGAAGAUCCUCGUGGAGGAGGACUCGUUUAAAGUGGCGGUGGACGGCAACCACCUGCUGGAGUACGAGCACCGAGUCGGAGGGCUCGAGGAAGUGAACCUGCUGCGGGUGACCGGAGACGUCAUCCUUUACAGCGUGGCCCCGAACAUGAUCUGAAGCUCGGCUACCAAACCCCGGGCUGGACAGGAGACCCGGCAUCACACUUUACCACCGUGUGUGACGUCCUUUCGCAAAACCUCGGUGGAGCUUCUGAGGCACAAUAAUAGUCAGUCAAGUGCAAUCUUUGCCCACGUGGCACUUUGUCAUUUAUCACAGAACAAAUGGCAAAUUAACCCAGAGUCAGCACAUUAUAAUCCUUUUCUCUUUUUUUGCUGAAUGAGAUCUAUUUUUUUUGUUGCCACUCACAAUACAAAAUAUUUAAGGACCUAACAAUAGCGAAUGCAUCUUAAACAGGCGUUUAAAGGAAAUACUAAUUUAUACCUAAUGAUAAGAUUGUAGGCCAAGUGAAACAGAUUUUUCACUAGUAUGCUGUAAUUUGUUUACAGUGCGUGUCUGUUUAUUAUCCUGUCAUCAAUAUCUUGAUAAACCUUUGCAAUGCAUGAGUGUGAUGCUGAAAAUCAACUUGGUUUCCUUUUCCCCUUCUUUCUUCAGUGCUGGUUGAGCCUCCCAACCCCCCAAAAAGCUCACUGGCCUGUUAACAAUCAUAGGCGCAUGAUGAAGUUUCUUAAAAUGUGUUAAUAUACAGACUUUGAGCUCCUCCUUUCUUUAGUGUGAAUCCUCCCGAGCUCUUAGACUGGAAGGUCGUGUCUUACAAAUUAUGAUUUCAUGUUGAAGUCAAAUGGAGAGAAAUGGUGAAAAGUGAGUCUCAUUUGAAGUUGAUCGUUGGAUAGGAGAAGGAUGAGAUCUCUGAUUUGUUGCCAAAGAUAACAGUGGUACAAUAUUUUGAGAUUAUAUGCUUAUAAAUAAAGGGCAACAAACAAAUAAUGACUGAAAAUGCUGUUUGAUUCAGAAUAUUGUACACUUUUCUGCCUGUGCACAUAAUAAAUAUAGUUUCCCUGUU